AUGAUUGUUACAGAAACAGCAACGAGGAACUUAUCUAUAACUGUGGAAGAGAGUCUUCCAAGUACCAAUAUGGGAACAAGUAUGACUGAUGGUAGUGAAAGCCACGAGGAAGCUACCAACACGACAAGGGAGGCCCUCAACACGGCCAAGACAAAAAUCCGAAUUGGUUUUUGGAAUGUAAGAACAAUAUAUGCUGCAGGGAAACUAGCACAGAUAACAGCAGAAAUGCAGCGUUACAAGCUACACAUCUUAGGCAUCAGUGAAAGCAGAUGGACAGAAUCUGGCAAGAUAAGAACAACAACAGGAAAGACAGUGAUUGAGAGGAAAACAAAUCAACAUGACGUUGCUCCAGUGUUAUGCCCAACUAACGAUAGCAGCGUAGAGUCUAAAGAUGCAUUUUACGAACAACUUCAGAAUGAAUUGGACAGAACACCACAACAUGACAUCAAAAUUAUUAUGGGAGACAUGAAUGUUAAAGUUGGAUCCAGCAACAUGCAUUAUGAUAGAGCAAUGGAAAAACAUGGUUGUGGCUGCAUGAAUGAAAAUGGUAAAAGAUUAGCAGAGUUCUGUACCACAAAUAACUAUGUCAUAGGAGGUACCCUUUUCCCACAUCGUGACAUCCAUAAACUUACCGGGUAUUCUCCCAACCUUAGAGACAAGAACCAGAUAGACCACAUCAUGAUAAACGGAACCUGGAGACGUUCUCUGCUAGAUGUAAGAGUUAAAAGAGGUGCUGAUAUAGAGAGUGACCACCAUUUAGUAACUGCUCUUAUCAAACUCAAACUUCGAGGGACUAAGCAAGUGAAAACAACAGUUAGACAUUUCGAUAUUGAUAGGCUCAAAGAUACCAGAGUCAAGAAAGAAUUAUCCAUCCAAGUCAAGAACAGAUUUCAAGCACUUCAAAACCUACCAGAACUAGAUGAAAGAGACUCCAUUGAUAAAAAAUGGGAAAGAGUGGCCGACAUAUACAGAAAAUGCAGGGGGAAAUGUAUUGGUUUUAGACAACAACAGAAAACCAAGGACUGGAUAACACCUGACACAUGGGCAAAAAUCAGUGCAGGAAGAGAUAUAAAAAAGAAAAUGAAUGAGGCUAAAUCAUCUCGACUGAAAGAAAGGUUACAACUUGAAUAUAGUGAAAUACAACGGGAUGUGAAGAAAAUUACCCGAACAGAUAAAAGAUCAUACAUGGAUAAGUUGGCAUCAAAAGCAGAGGAAGCAGCAAAUAAAGGUGAACAAGACAACCUAUACAAAAUUACAAAGACUAUCUGUGGUAAGAGCAAUACAUCCUCAAAUGUACCUAUCAAAGACAAACAAGGGAAACUAUUAACACCAGAAAAAGAACAAGAGAUACGCUGGACAGAACAUUUUCAAGAAAACUGA